ACAGGUACUCAUUACAUCACUGAAGCGACGCCAUGUCCAGCGUCGUUCACGCUACUUCCAUUUACUACACUUCACAAUCUCACAUAUAGCGUCAAAUACACGAUGGCUCCGGUCCGACGAUAUCUGAGGAUAUCCAAGUACUCAGUUCUUGAAUGCCGGAUUUAUUUGGAUAACCCUGCAUUGGCCCAAUCAUGGCUUCUGAAUCCUCGAAAUCCAGUAUUACCCAAGGUCAUCGAAAGCAUCCGUCCUUUGGUGCUUCCGAAGCUUCGUGAAGAGAAGGAAAGGAUUAGAAAGAAGAGCAAGAAGAAGAGCAUCAAAGACGUCAUAGUAUCAGACGAGUUUGAGGUCUCCAUCUUCUUGACAGAGACGAGCACGAGACAUUCUCUCCUUUACAAAACCAAACAUUUCAGGGACAGGCUACCACCGAAACUCGAGUCCAACUCCUCUAAACUCAUCGGUGAGACAGAUAGUGUUCCCGUGGACGUUGAAGAUGAAUAUCGUGCACCUGUCUUGCAAGAAGACGAUGAUGAGGUGAGACUCGCCGAUAUUCCUGUUGCGGAAACAACAACACGACGGAGUAAGCGCCAAAGAGGAAUACAGGAUCCGGAGCAAGAUGGCAAUGAUGAGGCAUUUGAAGAUGAUGAAACAGCCUCGGCCAUCGAAAUCGAUUCUGAUACGGAGGCACCCCCACACAAGAGGCACAGGGCGCGGACGAACGACGGCCUUGACGGAAACGAAGACAAGAAGAAACUAGCUAUGGACGUCUCAUAUGAGGGAUUUGCAAUAUACGGUCAGGUGCUGUGCCUCGUGGUCAAGAAAAGAGCAAACGCUGCAGCUAGCAGUGGUGGGGGUGGAAAAGCCCGGCCAGAAGGCCAGGCGACGAUGGAGAAUUGGAUUUCUUCUACACAAGUGCCUGCUGGGGAGGACAUUCCAUAACCGAGACCCCAAAAGAAUAACCGAGGUAGUCAAAGAGCCUCCUACGCUUAUGCUAAUCUUGCCCAAGUCUUUUUAUUGUUUGGGAUCGAGGUCUUGAAUCUUCUUGCUUCUCUGGCUGGCCUGAAUGGCAUGACAAUUUGAUGAUAGGCCGACGAGGGUUGACCCGAAUACCGGGGUUUGACAGACGGGAACUGCGGAUACGGCCGUCGGGUUCCUGUGGGUGUUCGGGCUGGCUGCGGGCGGCGGGAGGAGACAGGCUACCGGUGACUCUACUGCGCACUCAAUGCCUGAUAU